AGGUCUCAAAAUGGCCAAAAUCCCAGUGAAGUUUCAACGGUUUGCUUCAUAUAUAAAAGAGCCCCUCGCUCGGUAUCUAUCAGCAGCCUUGGACCUGCAAGGAGAGUACGGUGUUGUGAAACAACAUGCUUCACAACAUCAGAAAUUUGCAGGCCUCUGGCUGCUGCUUAUUGUUGUUUUUGUUUUCUUCCUUCUCCAUAAUUUCUCAUGCUCUUUCGGAUGCUGAGGCAUCUCUUAUUGCUCGUCGUCAACUGUUAACACUUCCUAAAGAUGGGAAGCUACCGGUCCCUGAUUUCGAGAUAGAACUCGACCAACAGUUUGAAAAUGAAAGGCUGAAAAGGGCAUAUGUGGCGCUUCAAGCCUUCAAGAAGGCCAUUUACUCUGACCAUUUUAACACAACUGGUAAUUGGGUUGGAUCUGAUGUGUGCUCAUAUAAUGGUGUGUUUUGUACACCAGCAAACGAUGACCCCAAUAUCAGAGUUGUUACUGGUAUUGAUCUUAAUCAUGCUGACAUUGCUGGGUAUUUCCCAGCUGAGCUCGGGCUCUUGACCGAUCUUGUACUAUUCCACGUAAACUCUAACAGGUUCUGUGGAAUCCUUCCAAUGAGCAUGUCAACCAUGACCAGCCUUGCUGAGUUUGAUAUCAGCAACAAUCGUUUCGUUGGUCCUUUCCCAAUAGUUGCUCUGUACUGGAAAAAUGUCAAGUAUCUUGACAUCAGAUUUAAUGAUUUUGAGGGUGAGUUGCCUCCAGAGGUAUUUGAGCUGCCACUUGAUGUAUUUUUCAUCAACAACAACAGGUUCACAUCUUGCAUUCCGGAUACAAUCGGAAAAUCAAAUGCAUCUGUUGUGGUAUUUGCUCAUAACAAAUUGUCUGGUAGCAUUCCAAGAGAACUUACCAAGAUGAAAAACUUGGCUGAGAUUCUCUUAAUUGACAAUCAACUUGGAGGUUGUCUUCCACAAGAUAUGGGAGAGCUUCACAAUUUGACCGUCUUUGACGCUAACUCCAACAAUCUCUCAGGAAGUUUGCCUAAGAGCUUUGCAGAGCUAAAAAAUCUUGAGAAACUGGACCUUUCUCAUAAUCAACUAACAGGAACUGUGUCGGAGGAGAUCUGCACACUACCGGAACUGUCGAAUUUCACAUUCAGUGAUAAUUAUUUCCAGGAAGUGAGUAGAGAAUGCAGUUCCAGAAAGAACUUUGUGAUGAAUGAUACAAACAAUUGUUUGGCUGACAGGCCUGAGCAGAGAACGGCAAAUGAAUGUUCUGUGGACCGAACUGUUGAUUGCAAUGCUAUCUAUGAGAGUUGUGGCGGAAGUGUGCCAUCCACAUUACCUACACCUAUUACAAAGCCAACUGCGCCAGUAGCUCCUGUGCCACAGCCAUCCAAGCCGUCCUCAUCAAAACAAGUGCUGCCACCACCACUAUCACCAACAAAUCGGCGGUGGCCAUGGACAAUUCAGGCACCACCUAAGCCAUCAUCUCAAAUUCCUGAGCCACCAAAACAGUCCGCUCCAGUGCCACCGUCGCCAACACAUGUGGUUGAGCCACCAAAAGAGUCUACUCCAGUGCCACCACCACCAAAACAAUCCACUCCGGCGCCACCAACACCAGAGGCCGUGGUUGAGCCACCAAAACAGUCCUCUCCGGUGCCACAGCAGCCAAAACCUGUAGUUGAGCCCCCAAAGCAGUCCACUCCGGUGUCAUUGCCACCAAGUCCUGUGCCAACACCAUCAAAGGUGCCGACUCUAGUGCCACAACCAUCAAAACCACCAACACCUACACCCACACCGAUACCUACACCAACACCAUCCCCAACACCAGUGCCACAACCAUCAAAACCAUUGACACCUGAACCAGUAACACCAUCGACAAAACCAGUGGCACCAACAGCUGCACCAUUACAGUCACCACCUUCAGGGCCACAACAACCUAAACAAUGGUGGCCAUGGACUUCAACACAACCAACACAAACACCUAUACCAACCCCGACUUUGACACCAACACCAACACCAUCAAAACCGUUACCUCCAGUGCCACAAUUAUCAAAGCUGCCUACAACAACACCAACACAAACACUAGCACCAACACCUGAACCAACAAAAUCGUGGGCUCCAUCAACACCUUUGACACCAACAACAACACUAACACCCACACCCUCACCCACACCCACAGCCACACCAACCCUAGCACCAAUGCUACAACCAUCAAAACAAUCGACACCUAAACUAGUAGCACCAUUGACAAAACCAAUGGCACAAACACCUGCACCAGUACGAUCUCCAACUUCAGUGGCACAACCACCCAAGCAAUGGUGGCCAUGGACUUCAACACCGCCAACACAAACACAUACACCAAUCCCGACACCAACACCAACACCAUCAGAACUAUUAGCUCCAGUGCCACAAUCAUCAAAGCUACCUACAACACCACCAACACAAACACCAGCACCAACACCUGAACUAGUAAAAUCAUGGGCUCCAGCAAAACCUUUGGCACCAGCACCAACACCCACACCAACAUCCACACCUACACCAUCCCCAACACCAGUGCCACAACCAUCAAAAGCACCAACACCUGAAUCAAUUACACCAUCGGCAAAACCAUUGGCGCCAACACUAACACCAACACCAUUACAACCGCCACCUUCAGUGCCACAACCACCUAAGCAAUGGUGGCCAUGGACUUCAACACCGUCAACACAAACACCUAUACCAACCCCGACAAUGACACCAACACCUGAACCAGUAAAAUCGUGGGCUCCGGCAAAACCUUUGGCACCAACAUCAACUCCUUCAUCUACACCAAUACCAUCAAAACCACUAGCUCCAGUGCUACAACCAUCAAAGCCGUCUAUACCAACACCAACAUCGACAUCGGCAGUGACACCUGGACUAGUGAAACCACCGGCUCUAUCAAAACCUUUGGCACCAACACCAACUCCUUCAUCUACACCAAUACCAUCAAAACCACUAGCUCCAUUACCACAACCAUCAAAGACGUCGAAACAAACACCAACACCGGCACUGACACCUGAACUAGAAAAACCAUUGGCUCCAUCAAAACCCUUGGCACCAACACCAAUAUUUACACCAUCAAAACCACUGGCUCCCAUGCCACAACUAUCAAAGCCGCCAACAUCUGCACCCACACCUACACCAUCAAAGCCACUAACUCCAGUGCCACAAUCAUCAAAACCGCCAACACCAACACCGGCACCGCUAACUGAACCAGUAGAACCACUAACCCCAUCAGAACCUUUAGCACCAUCACCUACACCAACACCAUCAAUACUAUCAUAUCCAACUCCACAAUCGCCGACACAAACACCUACACCAACACCUGAGCCACCAAAACCAACCUCCCCUCCGCAGCCAUCAACAGUACCGGCUCCACCCCCACCUGUCCAGUCCCCGCCACCUUCUCCAGUAAACACCACACCACCACCUCAAAACCCAACUACACCUUCACCAUAUGAACAAGCUCCAUUAAAACAUGUCCUUUCCCCACCACCGCCUCCUCCUGCAGACGUUCCACCCUCGCAAGAGGAGGAUGACUUCUCACUCCCAACACACAUUGGAGCUCAGUAUCUUUCGCCACCUCCGCCAGUAUUCCAAGGCUAUUAGGGCUGCACUUGUGUAAAACUUGCACUUGAUAUGAUGCAAUGUCAAUGCAUGCUGUAUUAGUUGAUGAACUUCCCAACGUAAGGAUUGACUGACGAGCAAGCAGACAGAUUUGGAGAAAUUAUGUGAAAUAAUAUGUUUAUAAUUGGAAAAAAAGAGAGAGAGAGAGAGAGAGAGAGAGAGAA